UCCUGAGUCAUUUCACCUCCUCUUUCUCGCUUUCGCGCCAUUACACUUUUGAGCCAAUUUACUCCACCAAAUGACGAAGAAAGAACCAAACCAUCACAGGGUUCCGCGGUUCCCGACUAAGAGGCAGCUGAAUUCGUAUCUUCAUAGCAGCAGCUCGUCCAUUUCAGCGCAAAUUGAGCUGUUCGAGUUUAUUCUGAACUACGUGAAGGAGAACGCAGACCCCACUGUCUCAUCGAUGGCUAUCCUGCGCUACAUGGCCGAGCAGGGGCUCGACGAGGAGGCCCUCGGGUGCCCUAUUGGCGAGUGGCUGGGACACCCGACGUUCGGCCCGCAUUUUGUGCUGACGGAGCCGUGCGGCCGCCACUUCCUGGUUGCCCUGGGCAACGAGUAUUCGCACGACAAGAUGCGCAAGAAGCUGAUCGCUGACACGGCCUUGGAGCUGUACGAUACGCUGGCUCCGACUCUAGAGGACAGCGAGAUAAUCACGUUCGAGAUUGCGAUGUUUGCCAGAACGUCUGCGACGACAAGUCCUCCACAGUUUCUGGUCACCGAUAUCUUGAGCCGGAUCGAGAAGGCAGCUGCCACGGUGACCACUCUCCCGGUCAAGGCAAACCUAUUUGGGUCAUCAAAGUUGGGGCUGUCGGGCAACGGGAGCGAUCUCGACAUUGCGUUGCAGAUUGGCGGCAUCGGCCUUGACAAGGUGCUGAUGCGCGCCCUGAGUCUUCGUCUGGAUCAGUUCGGCAUAGCCAACGCCUUCUUUAUUUCGCAUGCGCGAAUCCCGAUGAUCGAGUGUGUCGAUAUGGCCAGUGGCAUUGAUUGUGAUAUCACACUCAACAACACCAUGGGCCAUAUCAAGACUGCAUGCCUGGCAGCGUACCUGAGGUGCGAUCCGCGUGUGGGCCCGCUGAUAGUCACCAUCAAGCAAUGGGCCAAGUGCCGGCGCAUCAACGAUGCCGCCAACGGGAUGCUCAACAGCUACGGCUAUACGGUCAUGCUGCUGGCCUUUCUACAGGAGCGCGGCGUGAUACCGCCGCUGCAGCAACUGACGACGCUGGACAACCCCGAGGACUGCCUGUUCUCAGAGAACAAGCUGGUUGCGCUGUACAACGGCCAAUGCUUCAACACCGACGAGGUGCUGCCAGAUUUUGUCGAGUGCGGCGUGUACACGCACUUUUACGAGCCGGCUGUGGCCGAGUGGAAGAGUCCAAACACUGAGUCACUGUAUCAGCUUCUGUACGGCUACUUUUACCACUACGGCAUUGCGCACGACUUUUUGGGCUCCGCAGUAUCAGCGCGCGCAGGCACCACGUCGUUGCCGAUGUCGCACUUGCUGGGCGGAAGACCGCGCGUCAUAAGCCGGCCCUGGAUUAUCGAGGAUCCAUUCGAGCCGGGUAUCAAUCUGUGCAAGGCGUCGAUGCGCAAUCUAUUUGGCAUCUACCGUGAGUUCCAAACCGCAGCGUACGUGCUGAGCACCAGUGACUCACUGUUCGCGCUGUUUGACGACAAUCUCGAGGUCACCGACUCGGAUAUGUGCUUCAUUGCGUACUGCAAGAAUGAAAUGUACAACAAAUUCAAGGCUGAGUUUUGAUGAUCGUGUUUGUCGCAAACAGAUGCGACAUCUCCAGCCCCCGCUCUGACCCAGCCACCACCACUCUGCCAGCCCAAGCUUUUUUACAAUGAUUUUUUGCUUGGGCCAUUCACCUCUCCAGUCUUCUUGUUGCUCACACAGCCCAGCAAGUCCACCUUUGUUUACCGUAUGGCAUCCAUUCAGACACUGGUAUUUCCCAA